GCGGAAUUGUGUGCAACACUGCAACUUCGAGAGCGACAAUCAGGGAAGUUCGCGGUUUUCGACGACUGAAAAAGUCGAUUUUAGUCGGGAAUUUGACAAGUUUAUCAUGUAAGAGAGUGGUGAGACAGUUUUUCGUUUAUCACGCGGACAUUUUGACGGUGGUUUCAUUUAUCGCGAUUGAAAUGAAAAUUUGACGUGGAAAUCGAGUUUUUCUCAAUGAAAUGUUGAAGUAGUUCGGGAUUUUUGUGAGUUUUUGAAGUUAUCAUCAUGUUGGGGGUCUUGAAACGCCGUUGGAAGCCAAAAAGUUCCAGAUCGAUCAGCGGAUCGACCAUCCCAACGAACGACACGAACUCCCUGGACAGCUUCGCCGGCGAGAAACCGCAGCUGCGCACCCAUCACCAGGUGCACCCGGUGCUCGACUCGCAGGUGCUGGUUUGCUACGAGAAGCAGAGCCUCGAACGGGAGACGACGCCUCCCGCCGGCCAGAACUGCUACCCCCUGGUGCCCAACAUAUGCGUGGAGGCCGGAAGGAUUCAGUUCAUCAACCAGGAGGCGGAGAGCUACGACGCUUCGCCUCCGCCGAUGCUCAACGAGGUUUCUCCCACCAGCGGGAGGGUGACGAUCACGCGAGGUUUGCAGACCGAUGAGGAGGAGCUGGACAGGAGUUUGGAAAUCGAAAAUAAAGAAAUACAGACUUUCCUGGAGUCCCGCAUUGUCGAGCUGGAGUCUGUUUUGGAGGAGGCGCAAAAAAGAGACCUGCGGUAUCGACAAACCAUUAGGAAACUUCAGAAACAACUAGAAAAGAGAGAAUCAGCGAAAAAAGAUGCUGAUCGCGAAAGACUACUACACGCCGAAAGCGAGAUCAGGACCAAGCAGGCUCUGCUCGAAGCUGCACGAUGUAGAUCCAGGCUUAAGCUACUUACCAGCGAAUUUUCGAGAAUGGAAGAAACAGUACGAUCAAUGCUGUCCUACAAGAAGCAAGUAGAACAACUCCGUCAAGAAAAAGCAGCCAUCACUCUAGCCUACGAGAACCGUUGUCAGCAAUACCAGGUCACAAUAAAUCGACUCAAUGUCGAAAUUUCGAAUCUUCGAGAGCAACUCGAGGAUAUGGCAAUAGACAAAAGCCCCGAAGGCGUUCUACAAUCGCAGACGAUGGCUCUGCAAAGGCACGCAGAGGAAGCACGAAAACAGUACGAACAAUGCUUGGACGAUGUGGCCAAUCAGGUGGUCAGGGCUCUACUUGCCCAAAAAGGUUUAAGGGAGGAGGUGGGGACUUUGAACUUGAAAAUCAAGGAGCUGGAAAAUCAGAACCGCGCCCUCACCUCAGUGUUGGUUCAUCAGUUGCGAGGCGGCGAUGCGUCUCCAUCUAUUAAUACGGAAAUUGUGAUAUCCCCCGACAAAGAGGCGAAAACUAGUCUGAAACACUGCAACUCUUUCAACUCGGAAGUGCUGGAAGACCAAGACAAUUGUGAUAUUGAACGAAAUUUGAGCGAAAACAAUCUAAGGGCCUUAUCUGAAAUGAUGGACACUAGAUUAUCUUUAGCAGACAAAAAGAGACACCAAGUGCUUAACAAGUUGUGGACAGAACUGAAGGGGAGUGAAAUAACGCCAAAGAAACUCAUAGAAGCUUUAAAUAACGUUGACCCGUCGUUGUGGGUACCCCCGAAAAGGCCGGUCUCUCUAAAUUUGCACCUCCCCAUAUUCCAAUCGACGAAGUGCCGACGGAUUCGACCUGUUUUGGCACAAAGCGUGAGCAAAACCGAGGAUGAGAACACCGGAAGUGAUUCCCCCGAGAGCGGAAACAGAGACGAGGGAUAUUCCACGAUGUCUUCCGACGUGCAGGACUUAAACAGGGAUAAGGAUACGACUUUGCCGAGGAUAUGUCUGGAAGAUUUGAAGGAAGCCAGCGACGAGGCUGAUCAAGAUAAUAAUAGACUGAUAGUUCCUGAUGACGAGCCCGAUAUAUUUUACAUUCCUUUUAACUUGCUUAAGUUCGGCCAAAGAAAUAGUUUUCCCCCCUGCAAAGAGUACCUUCCGUUUCAACACGCGAUGAGAAGUUUAUCCGAUUCGCAUCUGUGCAUCAAAAUAACGACGGCUCCUACUCCUUGCUACACGUUUAGCUCGCCUAUUUCCAGUAGCCCUUCCAUUUUGCUACUAGACAUAUCGGAAAAACCCAAUCCUUUGAGAAGAACAAGGGGAACCAGCAACUUAUGGGGAUUCUCAAAUUUGGAAAAAACCGACGAAAAAUCGUCGCAGCUCUCUUGGUACAGCACCGAGGACCAGCUGGAGUGCACGAAUUGGGAUUCGGAAUACAUCCAGCACUGGUUGAAGCUGGACGAAACCAGAUCGUCGGUGCAACAGCAGCACAGAGACCUGUUGGAGCUCGAAUACGACAACGCCGAGCUGGAAGAUUGGAGUCUGGACUUGUCCAACGACGAUUUGAGGGAGCAGUGGAAGAAGGACGCUUCCACACCAGGGCAGUUGUCGGUUUCCACGUUGCCGAGCAUCCAGGAGAACAACGCUUUGGAGCUGGAGGAGGAUUCCAACGAGUGUCUCUGGAACAACUCCAGCUACAUGGCGGAUAAGGAGGGGAGAGAACUAGUCACCUUGCUGAUGGAUACCACCAAUGGGGAGCAGCAAUGGCCCUACGCCGUAUCGAGCGUGGUCCAACAGAAUUUAAUAUCGCCCGAUAACAGUUGGUCUAGCGGUUCGGACUGCAAUUCUUUUGAACCUGACACCUGCUCUAAAAGAUCAUCGGCUGCUCUGAGCGGUUCCAGCGAUGAUACAGGGGAACUACCGGGGAUUGGAACCGACUUUACGCGGGAUUUUUACAGGUUGGUAAAAUUCGAGAGCACAAAAAGCCUAGCAUCUACAUCCUCGAGAAGCCUGGCGGGAACGCUAAGCGAGAACGGCGAUCGCGAAGCCCACCUGCAGAACGUCCUGUCGCUAAAAUCGCUAAAAUCGCGACCGUGCUCGUCCGUCGACAUCACUAAAGAGUUCAACAUAGAGGGCCCUGCGCAGCUGCAGGGCGAUUUAAAGAUCAGCGACAGCGAAUACAGCAUCCCGAAAAGCGACUCCAAGGGCAGCGACGACAACGAGAACUACGUCACGUUGAAGCAGCUGUGCGAAGAGUUUUCGAUGAAGAGAGAGAGAGAGGACGGCAUCGCGGAGAGCAUAAAGCAAAACAUCGCGUACGCCGAGGAGAUUUGCAUCGUGACGCCGUUGGACGUGGAAACGGAGACGUGCUCGAUGAUCACGGAGCGGCCCGUGGACAUCUGCAGCAGCGUUAGCGUCGAGUUGUCCAGUCUGGAAGAGCAAGAGCUGCAAUCGCCGGUGGAGGAGAGUCAGAACGACGACUUGAACGACUCCGCCGUCCUCACGACGAGCGAUAUUAGCGAUCAAUCUUUGAACAACACUAGCGAGUCGCUGACGUCCAGUGUCAGCACGCCGGACACGGUGGUGUCUAAGAUACCGCGCAGGAAGUUGACGCCGUCCAGGAUACCUAUAAGUCCCUCGAGGAAUGUACAAACCAAUCAUAACAAAGAGAACCUGAUCGAUUCGAAUGUACCAAAGAUGAAAAUGCAGCCCAAGAAUUGUCGACCAAAGUUAAAGAAAAUCGUGCAUGUCCAGCAGCAAAACGCCCCGCAGCACAUCAUAACCGCGGAGAGGCUCCCGCAGAGCACUUCGGCGGUGCUGAGCAACAUUAUCGAGGGUCCGCCGCACAGGGCUGUCAGUUUUCACGAGCGCGCCACUUCCAAGGACGUCAUCGACGAACUCAACCGCAUGAUCAAAAAUGGCGACGACGCCGAGCAAAACGACAAGUCUACUACAAACACCAGGUUGCUGGAUCAAGCGUGCAGGCCCACCGGGUGGGUGCACGUGGAGAACACCGUCGAUUUGGAGGAUCCCAAAGCGAGGGCGAGUCUUUUGGACGUCAUGAUGGCAUCAGUGUCUAGCGAUUCUUCGCCCACCUCUUCUUGCGGUGGCAGCGUUGCCAGCGACUCUGUUGAGGAGCCGCCCGCUUACAGCCAACUUCACCAGAUACACAAAUACCAUAGACAGAAAAAAGCCAAUGCGGCCAGACCGGAAAUGGCGGCGGUGAGAGCUUCCGUCGGCGGCCGCCCCACCAUCUUGGCGCGCGACUUUUUCGUGCGCUACGGCGAAAAGGAAAAGGAGGCGGUCGCCUCCUUCGAUUUCCUCAACGAACUCGGCGGUUCCACCUCCACCGGCAAUGAGGAGGAGUGCGCUUGAAUUUGUUGUUUAUUCGGCUUUAGUUGGCAGCACUGCGCAACAAGAGUUUAGUUUAGAGCGAAAUGAACGCUGUCUAAAUCCGAAAAGGCACAUUUCUUAACGUUAAAUGUACGGAAAACUCAUUUUAAAAGCCUUGUUGUACGGUGUUAUUUAUUUAUUUAUUUAUUUUUGUGAAUCCCUAGGGUUCAGUUUUGUUAUAUUUUUGAAGUUACACUUCUUUUGGAG